GGGGCGCGCGGGCCGUGGGAACCGCCUGGCCGGGAGCGCUGCGGCUCCCGGGAAGCGCUUGCGUCUCGUAAGCGUGGGAACGGCGGCGCUGGGCGCUAAGGGAUGCGUGGUCUUAAGGCGCAGGAGUUUGAAAGUCCACCGUUGAAAGGAAGAUUCUGCUCUGUUUGCUGAACUUGGCUAUUUCACAGACACCGAUGACCUGCAUUUGGAUGCAGCACAUGAAACUUACGAAAAUAACUUCGAUAAUCUUGAUUUUGAUUUGGAUUUGAUGCCUUGGGAGGCAGGCAUUUGGGACGUCGACAACCAGCUCUGUACAGUUAAAGAUAUUAAGGCGGAACCUCAGCCACUGUCCCCAGCCUCCUCCAGUUGUUCAGUCUCGUCGCCGCAGUCAGCGGACUCGUGUUCUUCAACCCAGCAUGUUCCCGAGGAGUUGGAUUUGUCUUCUGCCCCCCAGAUGUCCCCCCUUUCCUUAUACGGCGAGAGCUCUAACGGGCCCUCCUCAACAGAGCCAGCCAAGGAAAGCAAGCCUGUCACUGGUCCCAGGAGCAAAACCGAAAAUGGACUGACUCUGAAGAAAAAACUUCAGAUGAAUUCAAAACCUUCAAUUCAGCCCAAGCCUUUAUUGCUUCCAGCAGCGCCCAAGACUCAAACCAGUGCCAGCGUUCCUGCGAAAGCCAUCAUCAUUCAGGCACUGCCAACUCUCGUGCCGCUGGCAAAGCAGCACCCCAUCACCAGCAUACACCCCGCACCUGCCAGAGGUCCGACCGUGCUGCUGUCUCAGCCCGCCGUGGUCCAGCUCCAGGCCCCGGGGAUGCUGCCCUGUCCGCAGCCAGUGCUUGCUGUGGCGGCGGGACAGCUCCCUAAUCACACGGUGAAUGUGGUCCCGGCCCCUGCGGCCAGCAGCGCGGUGACUGGGAAGCUGGCUGUGACUAAACCUGCCCUGCAGAAUGCCGUGAGGAGCGUGGGUUCAGAUAUGGCCGUGCUGCGGAGACAGCAGCGGAUGAUCAAGAACCGGGAGUCCGCCUGCCAGUCGCGCAGGCGGAAGAAGGAGUACGUGCUGGGGCUGGAGGCGCGGCUCCGGGCUGCCCUGUCGGACAACGACAGGCUGAGGCGGGAGAACGGGUCGCUGAAGCGGCAGCUGGAAGAGGUGGUGUCGGAGAACCACAGGCUGAAGCUUCCCAGUCCGAAGCGAAGAGCCAUCUGUGUGAUGAUACUGUUGGCGCUUGUCGUCCUGAACUGUGGACCCUUGAGCCUGUUGGAACAGGAUCCCAGCAGAACGAACCCUAGCGCGAGCCCGGCGCGUCAGAGGCGGCGUCUCCUGGGAUUUUCUGCUCAAGAGACGCAAGACACGCCGGACGGUGUCAUCCAGCAAAACGGCCACAGAUACGGCCGCUCCGUUCCCAGUGACAAAGCCCUGAUGGUGCUGAGCGAGGAGCCCCUGCUCUACCUGCCCCCGCCUCCCUGUCAGCCCCCGGUCAACGCCACCGAGUCCCUCAGGUUAAAUCAUGAACUCCGAGGGUGGGUGCACAGACACGAGGUGGAGAGGACCAAGUCGAGAAGAAUGACGAAUAGUGAACUGAAGACCCGCAUCCUCCAGGGGGCUCUGGAGCAGGACUCGGGGUCUCAGCUCGUGGCCGUCCAGUACACAGAGACCACUAGCAUCAGGAACUCGGGACGUGAGCUCCAGGUGUACCACGCCUCCCCCAGAAGCUACCACGACUUCCUCGAUGCCAUCCGCAGAAGGGGGGACACGUUCUACGUUGUGUCGUUCCGAAGGGAUCACCUACUGCUGCCGGCGACCACGCACAACAAGACCACCAGGCCAAAGAUGUCCAUUGUGUUACCCGCAGUGAACAUCAACGAGAAUGUGAUCAACGGGCAGGAUCACGAGGCGAUGAUGCAGAUCGACUGCCAGGUGAUGGACACCAGGAUCCUGCACAUCAAGAGCUCGUCGGUGCCGCCGUACCUGCGCGACCAGCAGAGGAAUCAGACGGACACCGUCUUGGGCUCCCCUCCCGCGGCCGCGGCGGCAGCGCGCGUGGUCAGCACCAUCCCCGAGUCCCUGCGGUAGUGCGGCCGGCGGGGCUGGCGAGCGCCGCGCUGGACCAGGGCGAGGGAGGCGCCCCCUCCGCCUUCCCGGUGGCGGCAGAGCUGCCUCACAGAGUUCAGGGACGGCAGAGGCGCUGCCCAGGAGGCCGCAGCACUGGACCCGCAGGGGGCGUGGGCCCCGCCUCCUGCCCUGUGGCCGCACUGGGCCCCGCUGCACUGGGCCCCGCCCCACCCGAAGUGCUGUCACCUGAGCUUUGUGCCCUGUCGUCUCCCGUCUCCCUCCGCCGCACGGCCUUGCUCUCCGCCCCGUAAAGAGACGUCUGUGCCGCGCCGUCGCUGCGGGCGGACCCCGAUGAGCCCCACCUUCGCGCUGCGAGCCCAGGGCGGGCACUGGGCUUUCCGGGGAGCAGCCCGGAGCGCCCCGAGAUACUCAGUGGUCUGGAGCUUCCGAAAGCGGGGAAGCCCCGCGUGGGGCCGGGGCCGCGGCUGCAGCCUCGAGACCAUGAGGCAGCUGCGGGGUGCUCGGUGCGCGCGGGGACGCGGGGCGCCGCCUGUUCCAGGCCUCCGGACCCCGUCUGCCGAGAGCCCCCGCCCUCCGCACAGCUCCGCCAACACGCCGAAGCCGGGGACGCGGGGACACGGUUCCUUUGGACGGAGCAAAAGAGCUUUUUCUCGGGGGGGUGGGGGGGGGGGGCGGAUUUUAUCCCUGAGACUCCCGGCCAGGAGGCCGCGGACGCCUGCGGGGCACGUCUCCUAGGGCCGUCCUGUUGUUUCUCCAGCGGAAGGACAGUGACAAGCCUUUGUGCUGCCCCGGUCGCAAGGACCGCGCUGUGCUCACGCCCCGCCCUGAGCGCCGCUCCCCUCGGGUGCGCACCCUCAGGUUCCAGAGUGACGUCCUCCGUCCUGUGACCCUUCCGGCCCUCACGGACCCCAUUCUGCAACCACUGCCCCUCGCCCUCCUGGGUGCACGGGACGUGCCUCCCUCCCCAGAGAGGAGGAGACCCCGGUCACCUGCUCCAGGGCCCCUUGGGCUGAGGCUCGUGGGCAGCGCGGAGGGAUCACGGCCACUCUGACGCCGAGGCUGCGCUCAGGCGGGUCGCCCGCUGCGGAGGGUCCGGCUCCGCGCCCCCCCCCUCCAUGAAGCCCCCGGGCUGAGAGGCUAACAGACGUCACCACUUAAGUCUAGCCGGCGCCCCUCGACCUGGCAUCCUGGUCGACGCUCACAUAAGAACCGUUUUCCCUGGGGCCAGUCUAACUUCUGACCGGUGCCACAGGACGGAGGCCACGCACAGAACCCGUCAGGAUCCGGCGGUGUCCCCUGGUGUCUCGCCUGGGCCAGCCCUUGCCGUCUGUUAUGUGCAUUAGCCGAAAAGGAGGCUGUG